UGAAGUGAAGGAGCCUAGGCUAGAUCAAAAUCAAGAUCUCAAUAGAUUUACAAGACCCCUCCCAUUCCCUCUGCAAUUGAUGAUCCAUUACCAUCUUUCUACCUGCUAAACUUGUUAUAGUACAACCUCAACAAAACAAAAAACCAAACCAAAACCUGAUUGGUGAAUCUCAAUCUCAAUGGGGAGCUUGGUGUACCAAGUGGUGUCAUCCUCAGCACUACUCUCAUUAGGUCUCUACCACCUCAUCUCCACCACCCGCAAUUACCUCAAAACCCCCCACACCUACUCCGCCAAGCCCUUCCACCCCUCCACCACCCGCCUCCGCCACCUCCAGCUCUACACCAUCAUCACCCUUCUCUUAAUCGCCAUCCUCCACCACCUCCUCCUCGCCGCCGACGUCGACCCUUUAGUCAGAGGCGCCACCCCCGUCCACCGCCUCACUUCCCUCCAAUCCGCCACCCUCCUCCUCCUCUUCCUCCUCCUCACCCUCUCCCUCCUCAUCUCCAACUCCUCCCCUUCCCUCCUCCCUCUCCCCCACGACCUCUCCUUCGCCAUCGCCUCCUCCCUCUUCCUCCUCCACUCCGCCCUCCAAUCCUCCCUCUCCUCCGUCCAAACCUCCGCCUUAGAAGCCAAGUGCGACUCCGUCUCCGCUUCUCUCUCCGCGAUCUCCGCCCUCCUCUGCCUCCUCCUCGCCCUCUUCCCUCGUCUCUUCCCCGCCGACGCUGGCCUCGCCGCAACAUUCUGCCUCCGCGGCCUCUGGGCCCUCCAGACCGGCCUCUCCCUCUACGCCGAGCCCUUCAUCCCCGACGGCUGCCACCGCCUCCUCGACGUCCCUCGCGGCGUCGAAGGCUCCACGAAAUGCGAUCUUGACGAGUCCAAGUUCAGGGCCCUCGCCAUUCUCGACCUCGCUCUCAUCGUCCAUGCCAUGUUCGUCAUGCUCAUUGUUCUCGUCACCUACGCCCUCGUUGCCAGGUCACUCGGUGGUGUCAGGAGAUUGGGAACCUAUGAGGCAUUACCCACCAAUGCUUCUUCUCCUCCAACUGAUGUCAAUCAUAUUCAGAUGAAAGCUUUGGCUGGAACACAGGCCUGAAUCAAUCUUUCUCUUCACUUUUUGGUUUUGUUUCUUGUAGCAGAGAUUAGGGUAAUGAAUGAUGCUGAUCAGUGAUUUUGAGCAGAGUUAUUUGCAGUAUGUUAUGUCAGAAUGUAGUGACUGUGAAUACAUCAAAUGCCUAUUUAUUUAAUGAGGAUCACUUUGUUCUAGUUGAUA